CACUCUCUGUUAAUGUAUUACAAAUUUAAUACAUAUUUAAAUGUAAAUUAGGUUGGUUUUAAGCAAGUACUGACAGUGACUGUCUUAACAUAAGUAAUAAUGAAAAGGAUUUACAGCAUCUGACUUUAAUAAACUUACCGUUUCACGAUGUAAUCUUUCCCAGUGGUACCUUUAAAUGGGUUCGCCUUCAAUUAGUAUUUUGAUUUACUUUGAAGGUACCGGAAGUGAGAACGCGAGUCACCCCGAAAUUGUUUGGGUCCACAAUGGGGGGGGAAACUUUUCCAAAGUAUUUGCAUUGAUUUAUAAACGUCGACUACCACGACUGGAAGCUCGUUUCUGUUUCCACGGCAACGCGGCUUCGGCGUUUCUCCUGUUGUCGGCGAGAGGGCGGAACCAGAACGAAACCACGGCUUCUCGAUUUGUGAUCUCCGCGUGGGUCCUCAUGAUUCGGAGAUGGUAAGGAGCACUCGGUUGGACCAGGGAAGCCCCAAUAGGUAGAUUUAAAUCCAUUUCAGGACGGCGUCUAUUACCCCUACAGCAGUGACACCCAGGGGAACCAUUCAUCUGCAGGGAUUCCAUCCCUUUUGAAUUCCCCUCUUAGCCAAUACUCUGCAAGGGGACAUCCUGCACCAGGCAUGGCUCCAUCCAGUGCUACACCCACCAUUCUGCCCUUCAGGUUCCGCCAGCGCAGGGAGAGUGUGGACUGGCGGAGGAUCCACGCCGUAGAUAUCGACAUGGUGAUUAGCCAGCUGGAUGUGGAUGUCCUACAGGAACACAUAAGUACCGUGACCUUCUGCAGUUUGGAUGGGGAGCGGUGUCAGCGCUGUCAGAGCCCCGUGGACCGAGCUCUCAUCAAGAUCCUCCAGUUGGCCCAACUGACGGUGGAAUGGCUCCUCCACUGUCAAGAAUUUCUGACACUCAACCUGCAAGCGGCAGAGGAGAGGCUAGCCAACGCCAACAUGCAGCAGGAGCAGCUAGUGGCUCAGUUAAAGAAGCAGGAGGAGAGCAUGAAGGCGAUGACUACCGAGCUCAAGAACAGGAAGAAGAUCAUACGCAAUCAGCAAACUCUCUUUGCACCACAACUCACGAACAGUCAAAAGUGUGCGUUUUGCGAAAAAACCUUCCUCAACCCUACGUUCCUCCAGAGUCACAUGCAGCGACGCCACCCUGAUGAGAAUGACAUACAGUUGCAAUCAAACAGUGAGGAAAAAUCUCAGAUCCAAGCCCUCAAAUUAGAGAUGAACACUCUUAAGGAGCAGAUUGCUCAGCAGCAACAGAUGUUGGAGGCCAAAACAACUGAAAAUCAAAAGUUGCAACGACACAUAGAAGAGAAUGAGCUACAGAUGAGAGAGAAUGAAAAGAAAUCCCAGAUGGAAAGCCUCAAACUGGAGCUGAAAAACCUCAAGGACAUGCUUCAACAACAUCACAUCCGACAAGCCAGAACAGCGGAGGAUGAAAAACAGCAAUCCAAGGACAAAAACCUGCUACAAGAACUUGAGCAUUUUAAAGCAUUAGAAGUGGUGCAGAUACAAGCCAUUCAAAAGCUGGAGCAGCAACAAAAGCAGCAGGACAAGAAGUGGGAGUCCAGGCUGGGGAAAAUAAAGACUCUUCACGACUCAGAAAAGAAUGAGUUGCAGACAGAGUUGAACAGAUUACACUUGGCCAUGUCGGAGCACCAGGAACACAGCCUGGGGCAGCUGCAGGAGAUGCAUAGGAGGCUGCAGGAGAAGGAGAAAAUCAUCCAGACUCAGAAGGAACAGAUACACAACAUACCCUCAAAUCCAUCCAAUAAAGUAGUGAAAGUCCCAGUUUUGGCCCAUACGCCGACUCCAGAACCUAAAGCAAAGAAAGUUGUACUUGAGGAGCCCACCUCUGUUCCUCAGCUGGAUCCUAUACAGGAGCUGUCAGAAGAGGAGGAAGACUUGACCAGCAUCCCUGAGAAGAGACCAGUGGAGAAAAAGCCUCAACCUGUUUCAGACAAGAAACACACAAUGCCCAUCAAAAGGAACCCCAACAAGAAGGAAAUCAGGCGACAUCUUGAACAUCUUCUAAUGAAGGAGCUAGAGAGCCUGGGAGUAACGCAGGAUCAGAGAAAACUGAAGACCAAGGAUCUGAGAUCCAUCCUGGAUAAUAGGCGUAUGAAGCAGCAGAUCUUUGCAAGGGAAAUGCCUGACUUUUGGCAGCAUCGGGACAGCAUCAGCACUUCUGUGGAUCAGAAAUUGGGCCUUCAAGGGAAUAGCAGAAAUCCUGAACACCAAUCUCCUGGCAGAUCCAGACACUCUGUUCAGUUGUUGCAGUCUCGGCCUCGAUCCAGCAGCUUGCCCUCCAGGUCAACACAGGGUAUCUGUGAAGGUGUCGCUCGGCAGGCCAAAACACCCCAGCCAGCACCAAGAGUUCGAGCCACCACCCAACCAAAGACAUCCACUCCCAGCCAGAAAGCGUCUUUAAGAGACAUCCCUCUCAAGACUCCGCCUUUCAGUUCCUUAGAGAAUUCAGAAGACGAGGACGGAGACAUGGAGGAGGAUGAGCCUCUUCAACUUAAUUGGGGCAAAAUGCAGGCCAGAAUGAAUAAGGAGGAAGGAGUCCAAAUAAGUGCAAUAAAAUCCAAUAUGAUCCAGGCAAGGCCGGCUCCAGCCAGGCUCUUGCCUUCUAACAAACAGUUUGUUGGUGGUGUGACCAAGACAGCCAUUACAAAACUGGAUGAUGAUGAUGAUGAUGAUGAGGAAGAGGAGGUGUCAGAUGUCAGUGAGCUGCAGGAAAUUGACCCCAGGAGGCUCCAGAAUUUUCAAGACCAGAAUGGCAAUGUAGAAAAGUCAAACUUUGCUAAAGACAACAAAAUCAGUGACCUGGCAAUGAAAAUCGAGAGACAGCUUGCAAAUAAAGUGUCAAAGAAACCAGCAGGGGGCGUGAACAUUUUACCGGAGAGGAAAGAUGAGGUUCAGGAAUUUGUGUCCUCAGAUCUAGAAGAGAGCAGCGAGGAUGCAGAUUCCUUUCUUGAGGAGAAAAAAGGAAAACUUAAAGCGCCUCACAACUCCGGAGCUGCUAUAAGGAGCCUUGACUCAGCCAGCACCAGUGUGUGGGACACCUCCACGGGAAGAGACACGUCCCCGGGAAAGGAUCCCAGAUUAGGUUUGACUGAAGGCGGAACAGGGAGCACCUUGAAAAGCAGCUUGUGUUACCUCAGUGACAUCUGUGACUCGGAGGAUUUAAACAAUUAGCACAAGUUACACUCAUCAGACUCAAGCAACUUCGGUCAAAAUGCAAGAGCCACAAACAACAAGCAGCCCGUGGUAUUGUUCACAUCCUUAUCACUGAGCAGCCAAAAACCUAGAACCUCAAUGAGAGCAUACAUUUAUUAAAAAAAAAAUCAAUUGAGAAACAAACACAUCUUAUCUUAGCUUAGUAUUUUCAAUAUUACCUCACCCCCUGUGCCAACUCUCUGCUUCAGUAACUUGUCAAAAUGUACUUUGUUAAAUUAACAUGUAUUUUUCUAUUUAGAGAUAUUUUUACAAGCAAUACACAAGGAAGUGAUUCACACUUGUUUUAUAAAUAUUAAAAGAAGCGAGAUAUUUAUUUAGAUUUGUAUCCAUGUAUCCAUCAUGUUUUAGUGGUUGAAAGGGAAAGGGUAUUAGGAAGUUAUAACUGUUUGUUUCCUUUCUAGAUGGUGUAUAUCUGUACUGUUGGUCCUCCAACAAUCAGCAGUAGUUGAAGGAUUUGUUACAAAGUGGGCAGAAAAUGCAAAAAAAACACAUAUUUUAAAUAAACCCCCAUGUGUAUUUUUGAUAAAUGUCAUUUAUUUUGCAAACAUACAAACCUCAACUUUCACUUUCUGUUGUUGUAAGUAGAAAGGAAGGUUUUAUACAGCUAAAAAGUGCAACACAUCAAUCGUUAGUCUUCAGUGGAUGGAAGGAUUUUACAAAUACAGGUCAUUAUCCGUAAUCGUGAUAACAUAACCUCAUUAUGUAUUCACACAAAGCAACCGCCACUCCAUAGACAUACAAUACAUAGACACUGCAUCAAGUUAGUUUGUCCACUGCUGCGAUAGGUCAACAUUGCUGCCCUAUGGGAUGUGUCAAGGCUGCACUAUCAAUGAAUACUCAUAAAAUGCUGUUUAAUGAAAGGAG